UGCACAUGUUGAUCAGUGUUUUAAUGGUCUUGGUGAUGAUGUAGAUGAUGCAGAUUCGGGAGAAUGUGUUGUCAUGGACAAUCUUCCACCGAAAAAGAAGUGCAAAGUCGAAGAAGUUUUGUCCAGAGAUGGCAACUUCAACUUGUCAAGUUCUGAUGUGAGUGAUGAUGUGAGCAUUCUGAAGCAUGAUAAUGAUGAUGGAGUUGUCCCUAGGCCUGUGCCUAGAGCCAGUCCAGGUCUCUCUAUGUCACCACCACAGAACUCCAUACAAACUUUUCGGGGAAAUCCUAAAACGAACUUGAAGCAGAUGAAGUUUACACCAACAUCGUUGUCGUCUUCCCGAACGGCCAAUUCUCCCCCAACGCAGACAUCUACACUGGAUUCAGGGAACUUUUUCAAUGUGCGGUCUAAACCAAUAAAACCCAAAGUGAUAGGGGUACGUGUUGGUAAACAAUCUCAGAACCGGACUGAUACACAAUCACACUCAUUUCAAGCGAAACCUACACCUAAAGAAAAUGGAUCAAAGUUUGGCCCUUGUGAGAUGUCAGUCCCUAAUGACUGCAAGAAUAUGAAGAGUGGACUUAGAACAGAUUUCAAACCCCUGGCAGAAAGGCUGAGGCCUAAAACUCUGGAGGACUUUGUUGGCCAGGCUGAAGUGUUGGGGCGUGGGAGUAUGUUACGAGUCCUCUUGGAGGCUACUCGAAUCCCGUCCAUGCUGCUUUGGGGACCACCUGGAUGUGGCAAGACCACCCUAGCAAAGAUUAUAGCUGCCCACUGCAAAGACAGACAGAACACUAGAUUUGUCCAACUUUCAGCGACCAGUGCUUGUAAGGCUGAUGUGACAGAGGUCAUCAAAGUCGCCAAGAAUGAACAAAAAAUGUUCAAGAGGGGAACUAUUCUCUUUGUUGAUGAAAUACAUCGGUUCAACAAACUUCAACAGGAUACAUUUUUGCCUCAUAUUGAGGAUGGGACCAUUAUAUUCAUCGGAGCUACAACAGAAAAUCCAUCUUUCCAAGUAAACAAUUCCCUUAUGAGUCGAUGUAGGGUGAUAGUCCUAGAGAAACUCGGCAUAGAGAAUAUAGAAUGCGUGUUGAAGAGGGGGAUCAAGGAACUUGGGAUAAGAGUUAAAGGUAUUGAGAAUGCCGAAAGUUCCAAUGUACUGACAGUCGAGCAGGAUGCGCUGAGGUAUUUAGCCGCCAUGUCUGAUGGCGAUGCCAGGAUAGCUUUGAAUGGCUUAGAGACAAUAGUCCAAUCAAAAAUGGUCCGGAGUUCUUUCAAAUGUCGGACAGGUGCUCAAGGACCGGACGGUGAUUGUGGAGAUUCGGUGGUGUUGACAGUGGCGGAUAUAAAGGAAGGUCUACAGCGAUCACAUGUUCAGUAUGACCGGGCUGGUGAGGAACAUUACAAUUGUGCAUCAGCCCUCCAGAAAUCUAUCCGGGGUUCAGAUUCUAACGGUGCCAUCUAUUGGUUAGCACGGAUGCUACAAGGCGGAGAGGAUCCACUCUUCAUUGCCCGGAGGCUUGUAAGGACGGCCAGUGAAGAUAUCGGUCUUGCCGAUCCCAUGGCGUUGACGCACGCUAUGGCAGCUUUCCAGGCGACGCAUUCUCUUGGCUAUCCUGAAUGUGAUGUCAUCUUAGCCCAGUGUGCUGUGUACCUCGCCCGGGCUCCCAAGUCGUUUGAGGUCUACGGCGCAUACAGGAACGUCGUGGAAUCUAUCAAGAACCAUGAGGGACCAUUGCCAGGGGUGCCGUUACAUCUCAGAAAUGCUUCGACAAAAAUGAUGAAGGACUUAGGUUAUGGUAAGGGAUAUAAUUAUUCACAUGCACAAGGAGGGCAACAGACAUAUCUACCCGACUGCUUGGAUGGUGUCAAUUUCUUUAAAGAAUGACAGUGAUGAACAACACCACAUGGAAUAAGUGUGCUUUGAUGACAGUUUUUGUGGCACGGUUUGGAGGUAUUGUGUCGACAAGGAAAACCUCAUCCUGUACGUUAACACCAUGAGGUGCUGGGAUCUCACAAGAUGACAUUUCUGUCUCUGUAGAUUGUCUCAUUCCAUUUAGAUCUGAAUAUAAACAAUGACACUAUUUGCUUGUGAGAAAAUAUUGUGCAAUUGAGAGGAAAUCAGAGAACAGGCCAUAGUAGGGGGUUAUCAACAUGGAAGUCUGUCCCCAACCAGGACCAGACUUGGAACUUUAGAGGUGACGGGUUGCUUUCAAAAUAAAUCAACUUAUGUGAUUCUAAAAUUUG